AUGACCGAUUCAACACAUGCACAUACCAAUUUUCACGUCUACCCCUUAUGGGAGACAAUGGUCAUCCUCCUGGUUGUGGCAGCUGUGGUCUACCCGCUGGUUUACUAUUUCCAGGACCCCAAGCAAUUACGGCGAUUUCCAGCCCCAAGCAUCGCAGGGUUCUCAAAUAUCUGGAUGAUGUAUCAACAAUACAAUCAUAAGCGUGCCCUCUCCACUCACGCUGCACAUGAGCGCUUGGGUAAGAUUGUCCGCGUUGGGCCAAACCACCUCUCUUUCAUCGGCCGGCAAGCCACCAAGGACAUAUAUGGGCACGGUACGCCGGCUCAGAAGGAUAAAUUCUAUAUUUCAUUCACCGGUACACAUGAAAGUAGCCUCGAUGUGACGGAUCGACAUAUGCACAGCGAGAAGCGGAAGCGACUUGCGGCUGCAUUUGCGCAGAAACGCAUUGCUGACAUGGAGCACCUUGUGGUCGAGGACAUCCAACGGCUGUUGGUUCGAUUCGACAAGGCCACCGACUGCGGAGAAAACAUCAACGUGCGGUGGUACAUUAAUAUGCUGCUCUUCGACCUCACGGGUGACCUCGUAUUCAGCCAGAACCUCGGCUGCGUGGAACGUGGGGACGAUAUGAUGCAGGCGCAGAAGCUUGACGGGACAAAAUACUGGACCAAGCCUGCAGAUGCGCUUCGUAAUUCCCUUCGCAUUGGUUCGACGAUGGGUUGGAACGCCGACUACUUCCGCCUGCUCAAGAGACUGACUUGGUGGCACGAGGGCUGGAAGGGAGGCGCCGACUUCACGGCCAUUGUGCUGCACAUGGUUCGCACACGGCUGGAGAAGGAGAAGGAAGGCGUGGAGCUCAACGACUUCUUCAAAUCUCUGCUUUGGGACCGCAAUGGUGAGCCCCUGGGCCUUGAGAUCGGAGAGAUGGUUGCCGAGUGCGGCCUGCUCCUCAAUGCUGGCUCUGACACGACAUCGAUCGUUCUCACGGGAGCGAUAUUCCUUUUGACCAAGUGGCCACACACUGCUGAGAAGCUACGGAAAGAGCUUGAUGACGCCCUGGGUGAUUCAGAAGAUCCCGGCGUCUGUGCUUUCGAUGAAGUCAAAAACCUGCCCUACUUGCGUGCCUGCGUCGACGAGGCAAUGCGAAUGAGGCCUCCACUUCGUGGCGGGUUGCCGCGCGUGACACCUCCGGAGGGUAUGAUGAUCGCUGGCGAGUGGAUCGCCGGAAACACGACUGUCUCGGUGCCGACGUACUCCCUUCAUCAUGACCCAGAUUUGUUUUCAGAUCCCUGGACGUACAAGCCGGAACGGUGGCUCGAGGCUGAUGCUGCGGACUUGCAGCAAGUCUUCAUUCCUUUCUCAGCUGGUGGACGUGGAUGCAGUAAGUGGACUUUUAAACUUACCGCUAUAGGGGUGCUAAUCGUUCCUGCAGUUGGCCGAAAUGUCUCGUAUUUGGAACUCCUCGUUGUCAUCUCAACGCUGAUGCGACGCUAUGAGUUCGAAUUUGAGAAGCCCGAUUUCGAGCUCGAGACGAAAGAUACAGUGAAUGCGCAUCCGGGACCUAUGAUGAUGAAAAUUCGAAGAAGAGUGCCUAAAGUUGAAGCCGGCUGA